GCAGCUCGCGCACGGCUGGUUCCGGGUUGAGAGGCUGCGCUCGGACCGGAGCAGUGGCCGCUGAGCCGGCAGGGGCCCCUCUCCGCCGCCCCCAGCGCCAUGGCGUGCAGCCUCAAGGACGAGCUGCUCUGCUCCAUCUGUCUGAGCAUCUACCAGGACCCGGUGAGCCUGGGCUGCGAGCACUACUUCUGCCGCCGCUGCAUCACCGAGCACUGGGUGAGGCAGGAGGCGCAGGGCGCCCGCGACUGCCCCGAGUGCCGGCGCACGUUCGCCGAGCCCGCGCUCGCGCCCAGCCUCAAGCUGGCCAACAUCGUGGAGCGCUACAGCGCCUUCCCGCUGGACGCCAUCCUCAACGCGCGCCGCGCCGCGCGACCCUGCCAGGCGCACGACAAGGUCAAGCUCUUCUGCCUCACGGACCGCGCGCUGCUCUGCUUCUUCUGCGACGAGCCCGCGCUGCACGAGCAGCACCAGGUCACCGGCAUCGAUGAUGCCUUCGAGGAGUUGCAGAGGGAGCUGAAGGAGCAGCUUCAGGCCCUUCAGGACAGCGAGCGGGAGCACACGGAGGCGCUGCAGCUGCUCAAGCGACAGUUGGCAGAAACCAAGUCUUCCACCAAAAGCUUGCGGACCACCAUCGGUGAGGCUUUCGAGCGGCUGCACCGGCUACUGCGCGAGCGGCAGAAGGCCAUGCUGGAGGAGCUGGAGGCCGACACGGCCCGGACGCUAACCGACAUUGAGCAGAAAGUCCAGCGUUACAGCCAGCAGCUGCGCAAGGUGCAGGAGGGGGCCCAGAUCCUGCAGGAGCGGCUGGCCGAAACCGACCGACACACCUUCCUGGCUGGGGUGGCCUCCCUGUCCGAGCGGCUUAAAGGGAAAAUCCAUGAGACCAAUCUGACUUAUGAAGACUUCCCGACCUCCAAGUACACAGGCCCCCUGCAGUACACCAUCUGGAAGUCCCUGUUCCAGGACAUCCACCCAGUGCCCGCCGCCCUGACCCUGGACCCGGGCACUGCCCACCAGCGCCUGAUCCUGUCCGACGACUGCACCAUCGUGGCCUAUGGCAACCUGCACCCACAGCCGCUGCAGGACUCGCCAAAGCGCUUCGACGUGGAGGUGUCGGUGCUGGGCUCCGAGGCCUUCAGCAGCGGCGUCCACUACUGGGAGGUGGUGGUGGCGGAGAAGACCCAGUGGGUGAUCGGGCUGGCCCACGAGGCGGCCAGCCGCAAGGGCAGCAUCCAGAUCCAGCCUAGCCGCGGCUUCUACUGCAUCGUCAUGCACGAUGGCAACCAGUACAGCGCCUGCACCGAGCCCUGGACGCGGCUCAACGUCCGCGACAAGCUCGACAAGGUGGGCGUGUUCCUGGACUACGACCAAGGCCUGCUCAUCUUCUACAACGCCGACGACAUGUCCUGGCUCUACACGUUCCGCGAGAAGUUCCCAGGCAAGCUCUGCUCCUACUUCAGCCCGGGGCAGAGCCACGCCAACGGCAAGAACGUGCAGCCGUUGAGGAUCAACACAGUCCGCAUCUAGGACGGCGCAGGGAGCCCACAGGGGCCACCUGGGCCACGGCCACCAGCAAGAGCUCUGCCCAGGGGACAGAGGCCAGGACUCCGGUCCAGUGUAGCCCCCACACCCCGUGAGGCCUCGGGCUGGGUGUUUACCCUUCAGCCUCCAUUUCUCUUCUAUAUUGGUGGUCAUGCUCCAUGAUUCUUAAACACCAUCAGCAUUGAUGUCCUGUAGUUCUGACCUUGAUGGGGAGGCAGCUUUGGUCCCAGGAUGUGACAUGGCUUCUCCUCAGGGCGGCCCCUGCCCAGCCCUCAUCCCCAUCCUCUGGGCGGCGGGGAUGGGGAGCUUCUCCCUGUCUCCCUCCUGCCCACAUGCCCUGACCUCAGGAUGUGUCAAGAGUGUUGCCGGCAGUUGGCAGCCUGAAAGAUACAUGAAACCCACUUAUGCUUCCAGGUCGAAGACUUGCCCGGCACCCCACCGUGGGCCAUUUGACCCUUGACUCCGGCCCACGGUGGACACAGGCUGUAGCUGGUCCUAGGGUUCCCGAGAACCACCUCUCCUUCUACCUCUGGACCAAGAGCUUUAUGGUUCCUGUUUCUCCCACUGACCUGCAGGUAGAGAUGAUGCUGUGGCCUGUGGGAGGCACCCGGUCACUGAACCCACGUGUUACGGUCACUGUGCCACCAACUUCCAGCCCGCGGGUCUAAAAUCAGGAUGAUGGCACGCGAGGCUGAUGCAGAGCCCGGUAGCCUAAAAGCAGCUGCAGGACACGCAUCACUGGGUGACGGAGGUCCCCAGAGGCUUAAAUAAGGGUCCAAACCGGCCUCUGUGACCAGGCUUAGGGUGCGGGGAGGCUGAGGGGAACAGUUGUCUCAGGCGAGCACUGGGACAGGCUGUUGGCUGGGACUUCCCAUCAGGCUUGGCGUCUGUCUCAGUUAGGAUCCUGUUGCAGAAAACAAGAGCUGCUUUAGCUAGUUUAAUUUGACAGCAUUUAUUAUCACAUCCCUGAUUUGCAAAAUCAUUGGAAGGGCUGGAGGAGCAGACUCCUUGCUGAAUUUCCAGGAACAACUUGCGGCUCCCACCUGCAGGAAGCCACUGCAUCAGGAAGCUGCUGACCGCAGAACUGUGUUCCCUCCACUACUGGCCGGGCCGGCAAAUAGGUGUCCUGAGGCCUGCCUCUGUCCCACUCAGUUUAGUUCUCAAAUCCAAAUCUCUGUGAGGGAUACUGUUGGGGAAACAUAAAUCAGAUCCAGAACGUUGGCGGCAAGGGUGCCUGGGAAACGUAGUUUUCUUUCUUCUCACUGCAGCCAUGCAAAAAGGCCUGGAAGGAUGUUUAGGUGUUGAACAAGCCCAUCCACAGUUUUUGUCACUGGAGUUCACCUCCGGGCCUUGGCUUUGAAGCAGCAGAGCCUCCACGUGCCCUGCUCCGUGGCCCUGUCCCUGCCCGAGGGCAAGAGCCCAAGAGGUGGAUCUAUCCGCAGCAUUGGCCGAAUGUCUCAAGCCUUCACUUCGCUCUCUAGUCCUGGAGCCUAGAUUCUGAGCUUGUGGGGUCCCUGACCACCCUCAUCCCAAAGGAGCCAGACUAGCUGAACUUGGGGGGCUCCCACCUCACAACUGCUGCCCAUUGGGGUCCCCCAUGGGCAGGAGGAAUCCUCAUUCUCACCUCACCCCUUCAUCUACCAGAAGCUGGGCCACCCCCCAGCAGUAUUUUUAUUUUAAAUGUUUCCCAUUUUGUGAGUUAUGAUGAAUUUGUAUUAAAUUAAAGUUACAGAAUGUCAGUGGUCAGUUCUAUUCAUGUUGACAAAGGCCUGCCUUUUCUGUCCCAGGUGGUAUUCAUGUAUUAACAUGGCUAAUCCACAAAGCAAACCUACUGGGUGUGUAAUAUUAUGCCCACUUUACAGAGGUGGAAAAUGAGGUUCAGAGAGAAGACAUGACUUGCCCACAGUCCCAAGUCCGUGCUGGGAAGCAGUGGAACUUGGAUUAGAACGGAGUUCUAAAGCCAGCAUUCACAUCACAACUUACUUGUCAGGGAAGACUGGCAGUCUGCCUGGAGGAGGGGGUCAUGGCAGCCUUGAGAACAGAGGGGAGCUCAUGAGACAGUGCCAUGGUCUCUUGAAUUCUAUAAGAGUGCCUGGCCUUGAAUCCGAGCUCCAUUGCUGUGUGACUUUAGAGAAAUGGCUUAGCCUCUCUAGGCCUCAGUUUUUCCACAGAGAAAAUGAGGGUAAUAACACCCAUCUCAUAUGAUUUAUUGAUAAGCUGCUAAAUGCAGUGCACUUAGGGAGGUCCUGCCUCCCACUCUACCUGUCUCCAGGAGUCAGUGCCCUAAGACACCUGACCUUAAGGAGUCUAUCUUCCUCCUUAUGCCUUGUGUGGAGUGUGGGACUACCUAAGCCAGAAAUGUCCCCAGGUCUGCUGUGUACAGGGAGGUCCAUCCUACCUCUGACUCAUGGGGAAGGAGUCUGACCAGGAGUCAGGCAGGGCCCUGCAUAUGGACAGAUGAGCUGUGCACACUCUAAGUGGCAAAGCCCUGGGCCCCCCACAGCUGAGAAACAGGAGUCCUGAGCCUAGUCUUAGUUCUGUGCUGACUCAUUUUGUACCCUGAAGGCCCUUUCCUCAGUCUCCUCCCCUGCAGAUGAAGGGGGUUACACUGGAUGCUCCCUGAGGCUCCAGAUGGAUCUUCGCCUAUACCUGGAGCUGGAGAGAGAGAAGGAACCACCCCAGUUGUUGAAUUGCUUGGAGUUCUAGAAAAAGGGGCAUGAACAAGGAUUGGGGGGAUUGGCAGGAGCAGAAGGAAAGGUCUCUGAUCGGCUGAUGGAGAGCACCCAGUUUGGGGGGAGGUGAUUUUGAGACUAAAGUAUCCCCAACCCGCCUGCCCCACUGGAUGCCCCAAAGCCAUGUCCCUCCAUCUUUGCUCAGUGCAUCUGUCUUCUGGGGAGACAGUACCCCCUCCACAGUCCUUCUUACCCUUCCCCUACUCAGCCUUGGCACAAGGUCCAAGAAGUGGUGGCCACUUCCCGGUAUUUACUCUCCAUUUCCUAGUGUCUGGGAGUAACUGUAGGGAGCUAAUUUGCACACCUAACUUGGGACUCUGGGAAAUCAGUGCAUCUCCCUGGCUCCAUACCAUUGUGCAUUUGUGCAAUUGUGAGUCGAGCCUCAACUGCAAGACAAGGCUCAUGUGUCUCUCAGGGUCCAAAGAAUUCAUGAAUGAAGGAAUCUGGAGUUGUCAGGCUAAAUGAUACCAGGAACCCCCCAUUUAACACAGGCAAGCAAAGAGGGGAGGCUAAGGCAUCUCAGCAUUGGGGGGGAAGGAGGGAUCAACAAAGGUCUUACCCAGAGCAGGAGAGAACUGAUAGGAGGACAGUAUCCCUAUCUGGAUCCCAGGCAAAGUGCUGGUACUUAUCUAAUAUCAAGACAAGCCCAUGAGGUUGGUAUCAUUAUCUGAGUGUUUGGUGGAGAAACAUUACCUCCCAGGGGAUCCACAGCCAGUACUCAACAGAGCUGGAAACAGACCCAGGCCCAUCCAAAGCUAAAGCCAAACUCUUCUCUGGACCUCCUGGGAAAUGCUUCUCAACUUUGAGGACCACUUCAGUGACAGGCAGGGGACACCAAAACUGUGAUCUCCCUUGGGGUUCAAAGCAGGACUUUAACCCUGGCUCCAUUCCAUUGUGCAUUUGUGCAAUUGUGAGUCAAGCCUCAACUUCAAACCAAGCCUCAUGUGUCUCUCAGGGUCAGGGGUAGACUCAAGAAGGCACUAUGUGACCCUAAGCAGGUCCUUCUCUCUCUCCUUGGGCGUCAGGUUCCCCAUCUCUAUUGGGGAGGGACUAGGAAUCUAGUUAAUUGAUUGCCAAGGUUCUGGCUCUGAUUGGACAGGGUUCUGUAAGCCUAAUGCAGGGUUUGUCCUAGUCAGAACCUAACAAGGCCAUUUGCUCUGGGUCUUUCUCUCUGGGGUGGCAGCAGGAACAGAAAACAACAGAGAUGACGUCUCUUGGCAGCACAGAGCUCAGCCAGAAAGGUCGUCCCCGGAGGCUGACAGCUCACACCUGGGCAGCAUUCCCAGCUUCCUCUCAUCCUGCCUGGGUCCUGACUCUGUUCACCAUCCCCAAACACUUCACCAGGAGGUCAGCCGCAAAGGGCCAU